ACCCUCCACCGUAUGUGACGGCCCCCAGCAAUGUGACGACCAUCCCAGGUCGCAACGCCAUUUUGACCUGCGAGGCCUCCAGCACAGUGGAAUUCAACAUGACCUGGUACAACACUGCCAGAGAGAACUUGGUGACCCAGGACCCUGACAAGUACAUCAUUCAUAGGAAUGGUUCCCUGCAGAUUCUAAAUGUCAGAAAAUCUGAUGAAGGUCCUUACAUAUGCCGAGCAGCAAAUGAAGGAGGAAAUUCUGAAGAAAAGAUUUAUCUCAUUGUGCAAGUGGCACCAGUGGCUAGAGUACGCCCAGAAUCACAACCCUUUAAAACCGGCCAGGCCGUCAGUAUCCAGUGUACCUCGGAAGGUUCUCCAGCGUCCUAUAUAUGGAGGAGGAAGCAGGAGGUUCUUCCCCUCUCGGAGAAGGUCAAUUAUGACCGAUCAACAGGCAUUUUGUCACUGAAGCACCUGCAGCCUUAUGACGAAGGAGCGUAUGAAUGCUUGGCAUCAAAUCCUGCAGGCUCAGAUACUGCUGUUGCUACACUGAGAUAUAUUGAGGCGCCAAUCGUCCAGGUACCCAGUCCAGUGGUGCUUGUGUCCAUCAAGGAGUCUGCCAAGUUGUCCUGUGAUGUCCAUGGUAUUCCCAAACCUAAUAUUACCUGGUUCAAGGAAGGCAUACAGUUCCAUGAGUUUGCCUUUGUUGAGAUCAUGGACAGUGGAGACUUGAUGUUGCUCGGGGUGCAGGAAUAUGAUGCUGGGGAGUACACCUGUGUGGCAACCAAUGAGGCCGGGACAGCAAGAGGACUGGUCACACUGGAAGUGGGAUCCCAGCCAAAGAUAACUCGUGCUCCAAGCAGUGUUGGUAUAGACAUUGAGACCAAUGGUACCCUCCCAUGUAAGGCCACCGGGUACCCACCCCCUAAAAUACUGUGGAGGAGGGAGGACGGUCUACCCAUUGACUGGAAUGGGAGAUUUAGACAGAUGCCAUCUGGUUCACUUUUCAUACAGAACAUCCAGGCAUCAGAUGAGGGAGCAUAUGUCUGUAGUGCACAGAACCAGUUUGGAGUUCAGGAAGUGUCGGCAUAUGUCACAGUCUCUGGCAUUGUACGUCCCCUGAUUGCUUUCACCAACCCCCUUGUUCAGAUCAUUGAAGGACGUCCAGUACGGCUUACCUGUUUUAUUCUCCUUGGUAACCCCAAACCAAAGAUAAGUUGGCUGAAAGGUGACCAGGUGAUCGAAGAAGGAAAUGGCUUUAGGAUAGACAGUGAGGGGAGCCUCCAUAUUGAAAGUGUGAGAGCGGUGGACGAAGGAGAUUUUAAGUGUCAUGCAAGCAACGUGGGUGGAAACUCGACUUACAUAACACAGUUGGAUGUGCAAGUUCCCCCAGUCAUAGACAAGAGUUAUGGCAAUGAGUAUGUGGUGGUACAAGGGAACCGCAUAGUGUUGCAUUGCGAAGUGCAGGGAGACCCACCUCCGUCUUUGGAGUGGUUUAAAAAUGGUGUAAAAAUUCCUGUCACAGAUUCCCACUAUUUCAUCAGCGAGUCUGGCAACUUGGAAAUCUUCAGUGCGGAUCCCAAAGACACCAGCAGCUAUUCUUGUUCAGCCAAUAACAUUGCAGGGAGUGAUCAGAGGUCCAUGACUUUAUUUGUGCAAGUCCCACCAAUGAUAAUGAGUAAAGAGGACAAAUUGAUCGUUGAAGUGAACAAUCCAGUUCUUCUGCCGUGUGAAGUACAUGCCAUUCCAGAUGCUGAAGUCAGGUGGUACAAAGAUGGAGGGGAGUUGUCCAGACUUAACCAGCUGAUAGAGAUAAGAAGGGAUGGUCUUUAUAUGCCCAGUACCCAGGUGGAGGAUGCCGGACUGUAUGAAUGUGAAGCCUCUAAUGUAGCCGGCACUGCCACCAAAAGGAUAAAGCUUGUUGUCCAAGUGCCUCCCAAGAUAAUUACUGAAGGCCCUUCAAAGUUUAUAGUCAUCAAAGGUGAUCAUAUCACGUUACCUUGUGAAGCAACUGGAGACCCAGACCCCAUGAUAAUGUGGCGUAAAAAUGGAAAAGACUUGACUGUCUUGGAUGCAGAUGAUGGCUACAUUGUACAGGAAAGUGGUGCCCUCUAUAUUGUGAAAACUAAAGUAAAACACACAGCUACUUACACAUGUAUUGCUGAGAACCCUGCAGGCAGUGAUACCAGGAGUGUUAAGCUGGUGGUGCAUGACCCUCCUCAAAUCCCAGAAGACACAAUAAAAAACACCAGUAUAAUAGAGAACCAGAAGGCUGUGCUGCCAUGUCCUGCCACGGGAACACCACUGCCCAAGAUCACAUGGUACAAAAACGGCAAGGAGAUCACCGGAAAUGAACUUGGAGUGCGGAUCCUUGCAGAUGGUUCAUUGGUAUUUGACAGAGCAGAAGCGUCAGAUGCUGGCAGUUAUGAAUGUGUGGCAUCUAAUGUGGCUGGGAACAUUAGUAAUGUUAUCGAGUUCAGGGUUUUUGUUCCACCCAGAAUUGGCUAUGGAGAUGGUGAAGACACUGAUGGCUACCCUCACAUUGUUGUUAUAAUAAAUCAGACCGCCAUCUUGGAAUGCCUGACCCAUGCUAUACCACCUCCCACUAUCACAUGGUACAAAGCUGAUGUUCCACUGGUCAUUGAGAAUGAGCCAAGACUGACCCUAUUGGACAAUGGUCAAAGGUUACGAGUGGCUGAGUCUCAGCUUGAUGACACUGCCCUCUAUAGGUGUCAGGCAGAAAAUAUUGCUGGAAAGACGGAGAAGAAGAUAGACUUGGAAAUACAAGAACCUCCAAGGAUUGAUGAAACCAGGGUCACAUCUAAGAACAACACUGUGAUUGUCAAUGACACCUUUGAGAUAGAUUGUCCUGUGAUUGGGACACCAAAGCCUCUCAUUGUGUGGUUCAAAGAUGGAGAAGUACUGGACCCAUCUAAGGAUAACAUUCAAGUCCUUCUUGGUGGUAAAAAGCUUCGUAUUCUGUCAGCAGAGGUUGAAGAUACUGGAGAUUAUCAGUGUAAAGCCACAAAUGUUGCAGGAGAGACCAAGAGAAACUACAAGCUUGAAGUUCACGUUCCACCAAAGAUUGAUGACUCAGAUGAAGUGGCAGUCCCAGAGGUAGUUCUGAAUCGCACCAUUGUCAUCAUCUGUCCUGCUUCGGGCAUCCCCAUCCCAGAGAUUGCCUGGUUUAAAGAUGGCAACAUGAUCACCCAAAACACAUCUCGCUGGACCAUUUUGGCCAAUGGGAGACAACUUGAGGUGCGGCAGGCCCAGGUCUCAGACACUGGGCGCUUUCAGUGCAGAGCAAAAAAUGUUGCCGGAGAGUCUGAAAAAUACUUUGAUUUGACAGUCUUGGUUCCUCCUUACAUUGACAAAACCAACAUCAUCGAUAAGCCCAAGGUGGUUGUAAACCAAACAAUUACCAUCAGCUGCCCUGCCAAUGGUAUCCCAGACCCAGAAAUAGUCUGGCUGAAAAAUGGAGAAUUGCUGAACUAUAAGACCCAUCCUGAUAUAAAAUCACUGUCCAAUGGUCGACAACUGGAGAUACGCAAGGCCAAGGUCACUGACACUGCAGUCUAUAGGUGCCUUGUUAUGAACAAAGCAGGAGAAGAUUUCACUGAUUUUACGCUGCAAGUUUUAGUGCCUGCCUACAUUGGCAAGAGAGGCGUGGAUGAAAAACCAAGGAUUAUUGUGAACAACACAUUUUCAUUGAGUUGUCCUGCUGCUGGCAUACCAACACCAGACAUUUUGUGGUUGAAAGAUGGCUUCCCUAUCAGACUGUCUGAAAAUCCAAAUAUACAGGUACAUGAGAAUGGUCUCCGCCUGGAGAUCCGUGACUCCCAAGUUGAUGACACUGGCAGGUACACGUGUAGAGCUGUCAAUGAGGCGGAUGCUGAACAAGACUAUGAUGUUCAGAUUUGGGUCCCACCAACCAUUGACAAGUCCCUCAUUGAUCCAGACCCCAAUGUCAUCGUGAAUAACACCAUCGUAAUUGACUGUCCCGCAGAGGGCAUUCCAACACCAAAGAUCACAUGGUUACGCAAUGGGCAGCAGUUUGACACCACAUACAGCGAGUACUACAAAAUUCUAGCAGGUGGUUUACAGUUGGAGAUAUCCAAUGCACAGGUCUCGGAUGAAGCCAUGUAUAUAUGUAUUGCUGAGAAUGAUGCAGGGAGAGCACACCAGGAGUUUGAACUGGACGUUUGGGUCCCCCCAUACUUUCCACGAGGCACUGAGCUCUCCUCCUCCCACAAGGUGAUUAAAGACUACACCACAGUCCUUCACUGUCCAGUAAUGGGACACCCUGAACCCACCAUCACCUGGCUGAAAGAAAGGCAGACAGUCGAGGAGACGAGCAGGAUUCACAUCCUCAAUGGUGGAAGACAGCUUGAGAUCAUGUUCGCCAAGGAGUCAGACACUGCUGGAUAUGUCUGUAUAGCAGAAAAUGUUGCUGGGCAAGCUAAAAAGGAUUUCCAGUUACACGUGUUAGUUCCACCUAGUAUUGACAGAUCCAACAUAGUGGAGAACCCGAAGGUCAUCGUCAACCGAACGGUCAUCCUAGAAUGUCCAGUCAAGGGCAUCCCCAAACCAGAGGUAGAAUGGCUGAAGAAUGGACGCACCUUAGAGCAGGAUGACCAUGUGAAGAUAUUGUCCGAUAGCCGUCAGAUUGAUAUCAUGCAUGCCCAGGAGAGCGACACGGCCAGAUACACCUGUAUUGCCAGCAAUGAGGCUGGAAACCUGAGGCAGCAUUAUGACCUGGAGGUGCUGGUGCCACCAUCUAUUGACGACAGCAGGUUGCUUAAAAAAUUCAGUGUGAUUCAAAACCGCACUGUUUUCAUUGAGUGUCCCGCCGUUGGCAUUCCUCCACCCUCUAUCCUGUGGCUGAAGAAUCGCGAACCUCUUCUUGACUUCCCCUACAGAUACUUAGAUAUAUCAUCCAAUGGGCAGAGACUACAGAUACGGAACACCCAAGUGACUGAUGCUGCCACCUAUACUUGCAUUGCAACCAAUGUUGCUGGACAGUUGGAAAGGAAGUUUCAACUUGAAGUUUAUGUUCCACCUAGUAUUGACAGAUCCAACAUAGUGGAGAACCCGAAGGUCAUCGUCAACCGAACGGUCAUCCUAGAAUGUCCAGUCAAGGGCAUCCCCAAACCAGAGGUAGAAUGGCUGAAGAAUGGACGCACCCUAGAGCAGGAUGACCAUGUGAAGAUAUUGUCCGAUAGCCGUCAGAUUGAUAUCAUGCAUGCCCAGGAGAGCGACACGGCCAGAUACACCUGUAUUGCCAGCAAUGAGGCUGGAAACCUGAGACAGCAUUAUGACCUGGAGGUGCUGGUGCCACCAUCUAUUGACGACAGCAGGUUGCUGAAAAAAUUCAGUGUGAUUCAAAACCGCACUGUUUUCAUUGAGUGUCCCGCCGUUGGUAUUCCUCCACCCUCUAUCCUGUGGCUGAAGAACCGAGAACCUCUUCUUGACUUCCCCUACAGAUACUUGGAUAUAUCAUCCAAUGGGCAAAGACUACAGAUACGGAACACCCAAGUGACUGAUGCUGCCACCUAUACUUGCAUUGCAACCAAUGUUGCUGGACAGUUGGAAAGAAAGUUUCAACUUGAAGUUUAUGUUCCCCCAGUGAUAGUUGAUGCUGGCAAGCCACCACAGAAGCUGAAUGUGGUGGUGGAGAGACCUAUCUCCAUUGAGUGUAUUGCUGAGGGAAUCCCCCCACCCACCAUCAGGUGGUUUAAAGGAGGGGAGGAGAUGAAUGUGGAUGCUGAUCCACAUAUAACCAUCCAUACUAAUGGCCGAGUCCUGGAGAUAACAAGUGCUCAGGUAAAAGACACAUCGUCAUACACUUGCCGUGCUGAGAAUCCUGCUGGUAUGGCCGAGAGACACUACAUUCUAGAUGUUUAUGUGCCUCCCUCUAUCAACGGUUCAGAAAGAUUGGAGCAGCUUACAGUUACCAUCAAUCGCCCAAUUGCAAUCAAGUGCCCUGCAGAGGGCAUUCCAUCCCCACGAAUAUCGUGGGAGAGAGAAAGUAUCCCUAUCUCACCCUUGGGAACUCCUAACAUAAGGGUGUAUGAAAACGGAAGACGUUUGCAGAUUUUGAGUGCGCAGUUGCGAGAAAUUGGAUCCUAUGCCUGCAUCGCUGUCAACCCGGCAGGAAGAGCCAUUAAGAAUUUUGACUUGGAUGUUCAGGUUCCACCAACAAUAGAAGAUGGCCAGACAGAGGUUGCCUCUAUUGUAGAUACCAGGACUACAUUAGAGUGUCAAAGUGUUGGACUGCCUGACCCAGAGGUAACAUGGACCAAAGAUGGCACAAAACUGUCCUUUGACACAGGUGCUCAGUUACGCUACCGUAUGCACAAGUCUGGUAACCUGGAGUUUGCUGCUGUGAAGGUGGCAGAUGAGGGCGAGUACACCUGUACUGCCAGCAACCCUGCAGGUCAAGUGUCCAGGAGAAUUAACCUCAGUGUUUAUGUCCCUCCAAGUAUUGAACGGGGAGAGAAAGAAAAGCGGGUUCUUGUUAAAAACACUGUCAUACUCCCGUGCAAAGCAACUGGAACUCCCAAACCUAUAAUUUCUUGGCAGAAAGGAGCAGCACUUCAAACAAAUUCCAUAGGAUUCAGAGAGAUUCUUUCCAAUGGGUCCUUGAAAAUAGAGAAUGCGCGUGUGUCAGAUAGUGGCAUGUACAUCUGUAUAGCACAGAACACUGCCGGCACCAUCCUGGCCCAGACAAGACUAGAAGUAUUGGUACCCCCAUUUAUUGAAGAGCAGCAGACAGAGUUCAAGGUCAUUCAGGGUCAUGGACUCAUCAUGCCAUGCAAAUCCAUUGGAGUACCAAAACCUAAGAUUAUCUGGGAGAAAGAUGGAGUUGAGAUCAGCCCAACAGACUUCAGUUUCAGACAGAUAAGAUCAGGAGGUCUAGCCAUUCCCAUCACCAAAGCCCAGGACUCAGGUACAUUCACUUGUAUAGCUGAGAAUGUUGCCGGAAGGGCAUCAGUCACCAUGGACCUUGUAGUACAAGUAUCUCCAACCAUCACUGGCGACCAGCGUAUCUUUGUGGUCAUCCAAGGAGAGACGGCCAUGUUGCCGUGUGUUGCUGAAGGAAUCCCCUCCCCACAGAUCCAGUGGAUGAAAGACUUCUCAGGUGUCAGAGACCUGGAGGGAAAGUACAAGAUUUUAUCUAAUGGUACCUUGAGGAUUGAAAAUGUUAAGGAACAAGACCAAGGCAGUUAUGUAUGCAGAGCUGACAAUGAAGCUGGCAAAGACUCCAGAGAAGUACUCCUCAGAGUACAAAUUGGUCCAUCAUUCACGGUGAUCCCCCAGGACCAAGAAGUGACCACAGGUGGACGUAUCCAGUUAGAGUGCGAGGCCGUGGGGAUGCCUACUCCAGUCGUGACAUGGUCUGUUAACGGAUCUUAUCUUCCAGCUGCACCAAGUGUGAACGGUAGAAGUCGCUUGGUGAUUGAUAAUGCCAUGAAAGAUGAUGAUGGCACAUAUACAUGUGAGGCAGAGAAUCCAGCAGGGAAAAGGAAAGUUGUGGCAGCUGUCAGGGUCAAAGUCCCACCAAAGAUACUGCUGCCCCCUGGUAACAGAGCAGUGACCAUUGCCCAGCGUAUCAUACUGUCCUGUCCAGUCAGCGGUGACCCCGCACCCACCAUUAUCUGGACCAAGAAUGGCCGCCCCGUCCAGCUAAACAAUAGGGUCCAGCAGCUGUCCAAUGGCUCUCUUAUUAUUUAUGAUUCUACUACAUCUGAUGCAGGAGAAUACAAGUGUGUUGCCACAAAUGAUGCAGGAACAUCUGAGAGCAGUGCAUUUAUCACAAUAAGGAAGGCCCCAGAUUUCAAGUUAGAGCCCAAGGACAUCAAGAUAGACCAGGGUGCCACACUGGUGUGGGACUGUGUGGCUGAAAGUGAACCCGCAGCUGAAAUAACCUGGAAGAGAGAGACUCCCUACCAAACUGUGCUGUCCACACAUGAUAGGAUUACUAUUUUGCAAAAUAAUUCUUUGAGGAUUGUAGCCACUCAGUUAGAAGACUCUGCCCUGUACACAUGUUUAGCAAAGAAUCCACUAGGAAGAGCAUUGGUACAAGCACAGUUGACUGUUGUAGUCCAUGGUAUGUUCAGCAGCUGGUCUGAGUGGAGUGACUGCAGUGUGUCGUGUGGUCAGGGGAUCAUGUACAGAGAGCGUGCCUGCGACAACCCCAAGCCAGCCAAUGGAGGGAGAGAGUGCGUUGGAGAGACCAGAGAGUCGCGCAGGUGUCUGCCCAGGGAGUGUGCAGUUGAUGGAAGCUGGAGCAACUGGAGUCAGUAUGAGAGCUGCAGUGCCACUUGUGGUGUUGGAUAUCGUCAGCGAAGUCGGCGCUGUGACAACCCGCCUCCUCAGUUUGGUGGGCGGUCAUGCUUUGGGGAUGACAAAGAGAGAGUGGAGUGCAGUCUUAGGCCAUGUCCUGUUGAUGGUGAUUGGAGCUCAUGGUCACCAUGGCAACCAUGUAGUCAGACUUGUGGCACUGGUAUGCAGGAGCGCUAUCGUGACUGUAACUCUCCCAGAGCAGAGCAUGGUGGGAAGGAAUGUGUCGGAGAUGAGACGGAGAGGAGAAGAUGCAAGAUCAGAGAGUGUGAAAUUCAUGGUAACUGGGGAGGAUGGGCACCAUGGACUGUGUGUUCACGCUCCUGUAAUGGUGGAACCAAGUCAAGGUCACGGCGCUGCGACUCUCCUGCACCAAGUUAUGGAGGACGAUAUUGCUUGGGUCGAGACACGGAGACUGACUACUGCAAUACACAAGGUUGUCCAAUCCAUGGUAACUGGUCCCCUUGGGGUGGCUGGGGAGACUGUACAGCUGAGUGUGGCGGUGGUUACCAGAAGAGGUUCCGUACUUGUGGCAACCCAGCCCCUAGUAAUGGCGGUAGAGCAUGUCCAGGAAAUAGCGAAGAGGCAGAGAGGUGUAAUGAAGUGGAGUGCCCAGUGGAUGGCCAAUGGAGUCGCUGGAGUGACUGGUCCAAGUGCACACAGACCUGCGGGGGUGGGGAACAGAAACGUACCAGAUCCUGCUCACAGCCACGUUUUGGUGGAAAGCAUUGCUUGGGAGAUGAAACACAAAUUCAGAAGUGCAAUAUUAAGUCUUGUGGAGGUGGACUUCCAACAAAAGCUAUGGGUAACAUCAUUGGCAAUGUCAAUGACAUUGACUUUGGAGUAUCAACACUAAUUGCCAACAUCACUCCAUCUGAAUCAGGAACUAUUGUCACUGCUAAACUACACAACAUUCCAAGGUCCAUAGGCCGCCUUAUGGAGCAUCUCAUCUCUAUUCUGACCCCUAUAUAUUGGACCACAGCUCUUGAGGUAGGAGAGGCUGUUAAUGGAUACACACUUACCAAGGGAGAGUUCCGCAGAGAAGUACAAGUGGAGUUUUCUACAGGUGAAAUUCUUAGAAUGAUUCACAUAGCUCGUGGAAUGGACAGCAAUGGUGAGUUACAGCUGGACAUUGUAGUCAAUGGAUAUGUCCCACAGCUUCCGCCGUCUGCCAUCAUCAAAGUAGAGCCCUACGAAGAAGAGUACAUUCAGACAGCUCCUGGCGCAAUCUAUGCUUAUUCAACAAGGAUGUUCAAAAUAGGGAACUACAUUAUACCCUAUGCCUGGAACCACACAAUAACAUAUGAUGCAGAGCUUGGCAAAAUGCCAUAUUUGGUGCAGAAACUUUUUGCGGAUGAUUUAACUGUGAAGUUUGAACCCAGCGAGGAGGUGAUGAGGUAUCAGCUUUCUGCAAGGAUUGCCAAAGGCACACCAAGCAACAAAUGCCCGAAAGGAUUUUUCUUAGAUCCAGAAGGACCAUAUUGCCGGG